CUGCUACCUUGUCAAAGUCAGACUUCCCACAGCUGAGUGGAAGUGGUGAACCCAAACAGUAAAGCUUUUGUUCAGCUUUAUUUUCCGAAACUGAACAUUAGAGCCGCUCCGGUCGGUAAUGUGACUCCUGUUUGAGUCCGCCUCUUUUUUUUCAGUUAAACCGGUUUAUCCUCCUCACCUCUGGGAGGAAAAGGAAGUGAAGAACUGAGCUGAACAAGUUAAACCAACUCCUCUGGUGUUGUUUCGCUGUAAUCCUGCUUUUAUAGGCAUUUGUUGUUUUGUCUGACUGCUCGGCUGAGCACCAUGAACAUGUUCAGAAGAGGUAAGGGGUCAGCCCAGAGCCCUGAAGUCCCACCCAGACCCACUGAAGAGGAGCUGGAAAAUCCUAUCAGAUACAGCAUAAAAACACCCGAUCCAGAAUCAAAUGCGGCCUCAGAGGAAAACAGAGAAGACACAGAUGAUCUCUACCCAAAGACAAAGAGAACGGGAGUGAUGGGGGUUGUGCAGAAGGUGAAUCCUUUCAAAUCCACCUCAAAGACCUCCUCAUCAGUGUCGAAUAUCAGCAAAACUCCUUCCUCUGAAUCACUAGAACAGGCGACGGACUCCACUCAGAACCCUGGGAAACUGAAAGGUGUCAUGCAGAAAGUGAACCCUUUCAAGUCUUCCUCCAAGGUGUCCAAAGCUCCGUCUUCAGACUCACUGGAACAAGAAAAGGAUCUGGACUCAUCUCAGAACCCUGGUUCGUUCAAAGGAGUCAUGCAGAAAGUCAACCCCUUCAGAUCUUCUGCACAGCCAAAACAUGAAGCUCCAGUUGAUUCUUCAAACAUACAAGAGCCUGAUGGAGACCUUCAAGAGAAACAGAAUCCAGGGAUGAUGACGAGCAUGAUUCAAAAAGUCAACCCAUUCAGAUCUUUUCAGCCAAAGGACCCUCCAUCUUUAAACAGUGACCUGUCGUCCAGCAGUGGAAGCCUGACGGACAACAAUAAUGUUCCAGAGAAGCAGAACCCUGGCAUGUUUAAAGGGAUGAUGCAAAAGGUCAACCCCUUCAAGUCACACACGCAGGUGACCGAUGACGCUUGUGAGACUGACUCAUCUGCUCCUUCUAACAUGACUGAGGUUGAGCGAGCUAUACACAGUGAGAACUCCAGCAGCUCUGACAGUUUGGACGACAGUGCUAUAGAGAGACAUACCAUUUGGUAUGCAGAUGCCGAGGCAAUAAAUGAGGGGGUUAAUCAGCCAACAGAAGUUGCAAGAAAAACGAAUAAGACUUUCAUUAUAAAGAGGAUACUUCCCAAGUCUUUUUUUGCGUCUGGAUCCAAGGAAUCUGAAAAUCAAUCAUCUGACACUCAGCCCCAGCCUCAGGAUGCAGUUGAAGUUGAAACACUGCAGCUGGCUGAUAUACCAAUACCUGGUGAAGGAAUCCAAGUGGACCCUCAGGAUGUAUGGCUCUUUCUCUUGCUCUACAUGUCACAAUUUUUAUUUUGGUAG